AUGGCGCUCAAGGCUGAGAUCCAGGAUUUGAUCGAAGAUUACAACAGCGACCCCACAGAAGCCCCACGCUUCUCGACUGAGGAGCUCAUCACCAUCGCUGGCGUAUGCAAUGACGCGGAGUGGUUGCAGGACAAGCAAACCCAUCGUGCAGUACUCGCCACGUUCCCGUAUUACGCCAAUAGAGCGCUGGACGCCUACGUCAACAAUGCCGUGCACCCUUACAACGACACUGAGAAAGAAGCCUUGAAUUCAGAGCUACCCUUGAUCAUGGAAGAGCAGGCUGAGGAUCUCCAUGCACGGCUUUGUGGGAAUUGUGCCAUGCAUAGUGAUCUGACGGGAAGUUGGCUGUACUCAGCAGAUCACAAGGCAAGUCGCAUCUAUCUACGUCGUUGGCUGGAGUCCGAGCGCAAGGGGACGUUCGACUUCCAGGGUCUGCCACCGGAGCUGCGAACCAAGAUAUACGAGCUAGUUCUUGAGGCACCAGCGAGCGGCUUGGCAAAGUACCACCACUAUCGUGAUCAUGGUGAGCGCUUCUUCGUCAGAGACCGAGAUUGUGCGACCAUUCUCCUCCGCACAGACGGUAAGAUCUCCGACGUAGGCGGGUACUUCAGGUACAUGCCCAGAAAUCCGCAUCGCUAUUUGUUCCCUAGCAUCGGUGACCGGCUCAGGCUGCUCGAGACAUGCAAGCAAGUCUUUACCGAAGCUGUGGCAGUCUUCUACCAACAGAACUACUUCAUAUUUGCGCACCCGCGCCCGUUGGUGCACAACUUCUUCGGGCUUGCGAAUACUCGUGUCAAACACAUGUCGAAGUUGCAGUUCACACCCGAAGCAGAUCCGGACAACACAUUGGGCACAGUCGCACGUCUACUCACUAGCAUUACCGAGAUCAAGAGGCUCGAGUUAAACCUGGAGACUGACUACUACUGGCUGAAAAUGCGAAACCACUCGCGAGAAUGGAUUACUUCGGAUCGGAAGAGGCCAUUCGCUAGCUAUGAUCAGAUCCCGAGCUUUCCCGAGAUCGCCGUGGCUGCUGCUCGAGCACAAGAAUUUGUCGUCGUUGGCGACUGUCCUAAAGGAAGGGCAUACUUUGAGGCUGGAGUGGCGAAAGUGAAAAAGCGGGUCGAGGUGGAGGAGGUCGAUGAGGAGAUGGAGCCGAAGCCACAGGCUGUCCGCGCGAAGACGGCGAAGGGUUCUGCCAAGACUGCGCAGAACACAUCAACCUCGGCGCAGCGCACUAAGAAGCAGAAGAAGGGCGGGUCGGGUGUGUAA